AUGUCCCACGCGCAUGGAGCCCAGAACAGUCACGAUGGGGGCAUGGACUCGAGUGCAGCUUGGGCGACACGAACCUCGAAGCCCUCGCAGGGAAAGCCCGCGGCCCACCUCGAAAACCUGAAGCUCUUCCUCUCACUCAUCGAUCAGCAUCCCAAAACACUUGAGGAGGUGGUCGAUUCCCGCAGGAAAACACUGGAGCGUAGGUCAAUGGCCUGGCUUGCAAACAUGGACCAUUCAAGUUCCAUCUCUCUUUGCGCCAGCGCCGGCGACGUGAGUUCAGACGAUUUGUGGCGCUCCAUGGUCCAGCCACGGGUUGGUCCUGCGCACGUGUGCCAAGCGCGGGUGUGCAAGCAACGUUGCAUCAGUCUCUAA